CGUGAAGACACUACGCACCAUGCUAGUCUAUUCAUUGGUGACUUGUCCCCAGAGGUGAGUCUCGAUCUGGCUGAACAACCUUUUGCGGCUUUCCCUUCCCUGAGCGAGUGUCGAGUAAUGUACGACCCCAACACUGGACGCUCUCGCGGCUACGGCUUCGCAUCCUUUGGAGACCCGGACGAUGCUCACCGUGCCUUGUCCACUCUCAACGGCGAAUGGCUGGGCUCUCGACCUCUUCGCAUCAACUGGGCCAACCAGAAACACUCUACUCGUCCUGGAAGCGGUGGCUCCCCUGCACUCGACCAGGGAGCGGCAACAAUGCCCAUGAGCUACGAGCAGAUUGUAGCUGCGGCCCCGUCUCACAACACUACGGUCUACUUGGGCAAUCUACACCCAAUGACUACUCAGCAAGACAUCGUCGCCCUCUUUUCGAACAUCUCCUUUGUCCGCGAGGUUCGUCUGCAAGCUGAGAGAGGCUAUGGCUUUGCCGUCCUCGACUCUCACGACGCCGCUGCUACGGCCAUCUUCCAACUGGGCAAUCUCGGUGGCGGUAGCGGUGUGCAGCUUCAUGGUCGAGUAUUGCGAGUCAGCUGGGGCAAGGACCGCAACGAUGGCUCUAUCGUCCCUCAGCUCCCCGGAGGUGGACUGGCGGCAGGC